AUGGUGAAACUCGAGAUGGGUAUCUGGGCUGGCAUCGCAGCAGGUGGUGUUAUGCUCUUGCUUGUCAUUAUUCCGGUCCUUGGCUGCAUGUUCUCGCGAAGCAAGAAGGCCAAGGAAGCUGCAGAGAUGGAGGAGUCGGCAGCAGAGAAGGGAAGUCUCGUCAUUGAGGCAGCGCCGGCGCCAAAAAGACCUGUGAAUGCGAUACUGCAGAAGCCGACACUCAAGGUCAGCCAACAUGAGGUUGGAAGAGUGCGCACACAACCAUCGACGCAGAGUAUGUCCCCGAGUUAUCAGAGCCAGGCAUCGACACUCUCACCGCUAAGGUACUCAACGCUGAGCCCACCACAUGUGCAACCGAUGUGGACGAAGCCAUCGCCAUGA